GUGGAUUCGUUGGAAACCCUUUGCAUUGGAAUUGGUGUUUUCAUUCAUUGUUUCUUCGAAAGAUAUGUUUGAGCCGAAUAAAUACACUCCAGAAUCUCAAGAUGGCGGACGUGAAGUCUUGCACGUUUCUUACCACAGGGAGCCCGGUCACAGUUAUAGUCAGCAGACCACCGAUGGACACAGGCAGCCCAGUCAGCGAUUUCUAGAAGUUGAGGAAGCAGAAUCUACGUACUUACCCGAUGCGAAUGUUGGAAAAAGAGUUGAAUGGCCACCAUUAUCGGACAGAGACGAAGAGAUUUACUUCAAAGAACAACAGGUUAGCAGACCAACUAGAGAAAAGCUAUUUAACAGAAGAUUAUGUGAAGAAGAAGUGAGAGCUGAGAAGGCAGCUACAAACCGACACAGGAGAUCAGGAUACCUGGGAGAGUUAAGAAAGCGUUCAAGCAGACUACGCGAAUUAAUUUGCGAUCCAGACACAAGCGAAACAGACAUACAACACGAGUAUACAGCAUAUAAUCGAGCGUUCCACAACUUCAUGGAUGCACACGAAAAUUGCAUGAAGGACGCAUGUAGUGAAGAACAAAGAUUAUUGUUGAUAGACAGUUACGAGAAUCAAAGAGAUAUAAAGUUGCAACUAGACAAUCUGUUUAGUCAAACAGUCAAGAGCAAGAAGUCAAGUAAGCCAUGUUCCGAGGCAGGCUUUAGUCGAAGGAGUAGCCACAGCAGCCGAAGCAGUGUGAGAGAGAAGAAGAGGUUGGAAGAAGCGAAGUUGAACAUUGAGACGCUCAAAAAGAAGCAGGACAUACAGAAACGAUUGGACGAAAUAGAGAAGAACAAAGCUGAGCUUAGCAGAGAGAUUGAGUUGUUAGAAGCGGAAACUUCGUACAAGCAAGCAGCAAUAGACCUAGCAAUGGAACAGUAUGAGGAGAACGAAACGAUGCGGAAAGAAUCGACAAACGAAGAUGUGAUACCCUCAUGUAGAGAUGGAACUGAUGUAUUCAAUAGUAACAUACCCUGUUAUACGAUUCCAAGCCCGACGUAUACAGUAACAACUUCUCAACCAUGCCAAGUUAGUAUUAGUUCUGGAACACUUAGUAAUGAACACUUGAAGAAAACGCAGUUUGAUACUGUACUACCUAACUUGUCAGACGGAGGAUUUCGCACUAAUGACGCAUUCCUGAAACCAAGUUCAUCGCAGCAGCCUGCGACACCACAUAACACAGCUACCAAUAAUUCAGUUGCAGUACAUCCUAAAGUGACACCUGCAGUAAGCAACUUUCCUUGUCUUACGACGAAUUAUUUGCAGUCUACGCCUAUCGUUUCUACAAUGCCUUCUGAUUCUACAAGACAUUUUCUCGACCCAGCGACGAGUGCCUUUCAACCAAUCAACAGUCGUCCUUUACAACCGACAUUUGCGUCGAGAGUCUCUGCUACACCUUACACGUACGGUGAUGGAGCAGUACCUAAAGUCCCAGCACAGAGAGAGUUCCAACCAAUCAACAGUUAUCCUUUACAACCCACAUUUGCAUCGAGAGUCUCUACUACACCUUACACGUACGGUGAUGGAGUACCUAAAGCCCCAGCACAGAGAGAGUUUUGUCCAGUUAGCAGUUAUCCACUGCAGUCUACAUGUAUGCCAUACAAUCAACCAAGUCUUCAAGAGAAUAGUCAGUUAGACGCCUGGACAACGAUUGCUCAAGCUAUUAAACAAGGACCAACGCUGCCGAAAAUCGAGUUGAUGAAGUUCAGCGGAGACCCACUGGAAUACGUCGAAUUCGUUACGAACUUUAAAGACAACAUUGAGACCCAAGUCACAGAAGACUCUCAAAGACUUACGCGUCUUCUCGCUCAGUGCACAGGAAAGGCGAAAGAGGCAAUACGGAGCUGCGUUAACCUACCCUAUGGAACGAGGUACAAAGAUGCAUGGCAAACCUUGUUAGAAAACUUUGGUCAGCCACAUAUGAUUGCUGAAGCGCAUAUGAAGAAAUUGAAGGAAAUACAAAUCAGGAAGGGUGAUGCGGCAAGCCUCAUGGACUUUGCCAGGAAACUUGAAGAUGCUCGAAGAGUUCUUUGCAAUAUGGGACUGAAUUACUCGGGUCGUUUGGACAACGAGGACACUAUUGUUGCACUGAUGAGAAAGUUACCCGAAGAGAGCCUAAAGAGGAAAUGGGCCGACAAAGCAGGAGAUUUGAUCAAGACAAAGGGACGAGCAGAGUACCAGGACUUUGUAGACUUUGUUCGUAAAACAGCGAAUCGAAUCAACAACAGAUAUGGGCAAGAACUUAAAACAAGUUUACCAGCUAACCCGAAGAAUGAAAGACAACCGCAAGAUCAGAGAUUUAAGAUUACAACUCUAGCAGCGCAAAGCGACAUAGUCCAACGUGGUUCAAGUCGAGAAGUACCGUCAACCACCAAGAAGUGUCCGCAAUGCUCUGGACCCCACAACAUCUGGAGAUGUUGGAAGUUCAAAAGCUCCACCAUGGACGAACGUCUUAAAGUAGUCAAGCAACACAACCUGUGUAGAUCAUGUCUAGAAGAAGGACACUUCUCCAAAUCUUGCACAAAGGGAUUCAGUUGUAGAAUGGAUGGAUGCGGAGAAAGUCAUCACGUAUUGCUUCAUCCAUCAGUCAGAGAGUCGAAAGGGAACGAAUCCAGUCGAGAGAGCAGGAACACUGCAUCAAUAACGUCUGAGCAGAAAUCGACGAAGAAUCGAGAUGAAACACGAACCACUUCAAAGGUCAGUAGCAGUGCGACAACGACAAAACCAAAGCGGCAUCCAGUUGCGAUUGGAACUCCGUCGAGACCAAGAGUAUGUUUCAAAGUAGUACCAGUCAAAGUAAGCAGUCAGAACAGUGACAAAACGAUCACCACUUACGCCUUCUUUGACAGCGGAUCGGAUGCAUCUCUUUGUCUAAGAAGCUUGCUAAAAGACUUAGAUGUCAGGAAUCCUGAGCCAGCUAACUACACGUUGUCGACAGUGAAUCGAAGAGAGGAAGAGUCGGGAUAUGCCGUCAACCUGACAAUAGAAUCCUUAUCUGGAGACGCGAAGUUUUCUUUGGAAAAUGUUCUGACAACGCAAAGCCUUCCAGUUCAACCGAAACACGUGGCAAGCAGUGAAGAAAUAACAAAGUGGCCACACCUUAGUGACCUUACGUUACCAGACACUGAAAACAAGGCUGUGACAAUAUUGAUAGGAAGCGAUCGUCCGGAUAUAAUCGACAGUGGAGUUGAAAGGAGAGUGGGGAAUAAAGGAGAGCCCUUUGCAGUCAAGACCCCAUUCGGAUGGACAGUUUACGGACCGAUUGAAGAAUCAACUAAGAACGAUGUUCAUGUUAACCUAACAAGCGCAGAGCAUAAAGAUUUGGACAAAAAGUUAGAGCAAAUGUAUGACGGAGAAUUUGAAGAUGUUCACGACGAAACACCAGGAAUGUCAACAGAAGACCGAAAGGCAAACAAGAUAAUGGAUUCGUCAGCUAUCAAGGUCAAUGGACACUAUCAAAUCAAGCUACCUUUCAGAGAAGACCCACCGAAUCUUCCAGAUAGUAGACCACUUGCAGAAAAACGACUUGAUUACCUGAAGAAGAAGAUGGAGAAGGAUCCAGCAUUUAAAGAGAAAUACGUGUCGGUCGUAGAAAAAUACAAGACAGAGGGAUCGUCAAAGGAAGUUCCUCAAGAAGAAGUAGCUAAGCUGAAUCCAAUCUGGUACCUUCCACAUCAUGCAGUUUGGCACCCGAGAAAGCCGGAUGAACCAAGGGUAGUCUUCGAUUGUGCAGCGAAGAGCAGAGGAGUAUCCUUAAACGAUCAAUUGCUGAGAGGACCAGAGAAUACAAGCAGCCUAAUUGGAGUGAUACUCAGAUUCAGAGUGAACGACGUAGCAGUCGCCGAGGACGUCAAGAGAAUGUUCCACCAAGUAUACGUGGCACCAGAAGACCGCGGAGCACUUUGUUACCUAUGGUGGCCUGAUGGCGACUUUGCAAAAGAGCCUCGAACAUAUCAGAUGUUAGUACAUAUUUUUGGUGCUACGUCAUCUCCAAGCGUUGCCGGAUAUGCUCUUAAGAAAACUGCUAAAGACAACCAAGACAAGUUCUCAACCGAUGCUGUUGAUGCUGUUCUAAGAGAUUUCUAUGUCGAUGAUUUACUAAAGUCAUUUGCAGAUGCUGAACAAGCCAUAGAAGUAAGUAAAGAGUUACAAGAACUACUGGAGAGGGGAGGAUUUCAAUUAACAAAAUGGAUCUCGAACGAUCGUGAUGUCUUAUCAGCGUUCCCAGAAGAUGAGCGUGCACCAACCAUUAAGAACCUAGACUUGAAGACUGAGAAUCUUCCCGUAGAUAGAGCACUUGGAAUCCAUUGGGACGUAGAAGAAGACACCUUCAACUUAGUAGUCAGCGCGAGAGAGCACCCAGAGAACCGUAAAGGUGUCUUAUCAUCGAUUGCAACGGUCUACGACCCACUCGGAUUCGCCAGUCCCUUGAUCCUGAUUGGAAGAGAAAUCAACCAAGAGUUAUGCAAAUUGAAGUAUAACUGGAAUGACGCCCUUCCAAAAGACCUUCUAGCACGUUGGAAAGACUGGAAGGACGGACUUGCCAAUAUCAGAGACUUCAAGCUACCAAGAUGUUACAAGCCGAAAGACUUUGGAGAAGUUAAGAGUGCCGAAAUUCAUCACUUUGCCGAUGCGUCUCAAGAGCAUGGAUACGGUACAGCGUCGUAUCUACGUCUUACAAACGACAAAGAAGAAAUCCAUUGCUCAUUUGUUAUGGGAAAGUCACGCGUAAAGCCAUUGAAGAGUACGAUGACAGUUCCAAAGCUGGAGUUAACAGCAGCGACUCUACUGAUUCGAAUGAACGACUUGAUAUCGAAGGAACUCCAGGGCAGACUUCAGAUUGACGACACCACUUAUUGGACAGACUCGAUGAUAGUACUUGGCUACAUUAAUAAUGACGCGAAGAGAUUUCCUACAUUUGUUGCCAACCGAGUAGCAGUAAUUCGGCAAGGAUCAGAACCGAGUCAGUGGAAGCACGUACGUUCCGAGCUUAACCCCGCAGAUCACGCAUCGAGAGGCAUCAGAGCCUGUGAGGCAGAGAAGUUAGAGCACUGGAUAAGAGGUCCCGAAUUUCUAUGGAAGAACAAGGAAGAAUGGCCCGCGCAGCCAACCGAAAUAAAGGAAACCACAGACGCAGAAGAGGUUACAGCAGUAGGAACCACAAUCAUGCAGGAAGACUUCUGGAACUCUAUGUUUAACCGAUACUCAAGUUGGAACAGACUACGAAGAGUCGUCGCAUGGCUUAUUAGAGCUGUGGAAAAUCUACAAGAUUUACGAAUGAAUCAUAAAGAUGAAAGGGAACAUUUGGCAAGAAAACCUACUCUGACAGUUGCAGAAGUAAAGGAUGCAGAAGAAAGGAUCGUAAAGCAAGUGCAGAGACAGUCGUUCUCGGGCAAUGAUGACAAAGAAGAAGUAACGCUAAACGCAGAAAGUGCAACGAAGUUAAACCGUUUAAAGCCAUUCGUGGAAGGAGGAACCGUUAGAGUUGGAGGACGGUUAAGUAGAUCGUAUUUAGACUUUGACGCAAAACAUCCGUUGAUCCUUCCCGGAAGACACCCUGUAACAAACCUAAUUGUCCUUCACUACCACGAGCAGAAUGGACAUGUCGGUACACAUCAAGUUCUUGCAGAAAUUCGACAACGAUUUUGGAUCAUAGGAGGAACAUCAUCUGUUAGACAUGUUCUCAGCAAGUGCCAUGUAUGCAGGCGGCAGAAUGCAAAGAUGGGAGAACAGAUCACAGCACCACUACCAACAGUUAGAGUAUCGUCAGACGAACAUCAGUUGAUUUACCCAUUUGCAGCAGUAGGAUUGGAUUAUUUCGGACCACUCCACGUAAAGACUGGACCAGAAACGAGAGCUUCAAAGAGGAACCCGACGUUGAGCAAACGGUAUGGCUGUAUAUUCACUUGCCUUAGAUACAGAGCUGUACACAUAGAAGUAGCCCAAGACUUAACGACAGACAGCUUUAUAAACGCCGUGUUACGCUUUGUGAGUCGUCGAGGACCCCCACGAGUUAUAUACAGCGAUAACGGAAGUAACUUCAAGGGUGCAGAGCUAGAUGUUAUUAAGGCACUGAAAGCGUGGAAUCAAGAAGAAAUCCAAUCCAAGUUGAAUCAGCGAGGAAUUGAAUGGAACUUCAAUCCUCCAGCGGCGAGCCAUCAAGGAGGAGUCUGGGAGCGACUUAUUCGAUCGGUGAGACGAAUUCUACGCUCGAUGAUUGGAGAACGCCUACUGAACGACGAGUCCCUGAGAACUUUCCUAACUGAAGUUGAAAAGAUACUGAACGACAGGCCAAUAACGAGAGUGUCAAGUGACGCAAGAGACCUCGAAGCACUAACGCCUAAUCAUAUCCUGUUAUUACGACGAAAUGCAGCUUUACCUCCAGACGAAUUAGAGGAGAGCGACAAGUURAAAGCAAGAUGGAAGCACAUUCACUUGUUAGCCAAUGAGUUUUGGCGAAGAUGGGCCAAGGAGUAUUUACCCACGUUGCAGGAGAGACAGAAAUGGUUAGUCCAGAGACCCAAUUUCAAMAUUGGAGACCUAGUAUUGGUUGCAGACAAAAACACUUCGAGGGGAGAAUGGCCUAAAGCACUUAUCGAGGAAACAUUUCCUGAUGCUGAUAAUGUAGUGCGACGUGUAACAGUGAGGACAGCUAAUGGAGUGUACCAGAGAGAUGUACGCAAGAUUUGUCUCCUAGAAGAAGAGCUACUCAAACAGUUUGAGAACAGCGUUGCGAAAGCUGAUAAAGUUUGAAUACAGAUGACUGGAUUACAGGAACACAAGUGACAUUGUGAACUUUUUUGUGAACUGUUUAUUGUAAAUCGUUAUAUAGGUUAGUAUAAAGACUUCAGACAGUCUUUCGAGGGGGUGUGUGUAAGCCUCGUGCAUAGUUGACUCCUAUACUAAUGCAAAUACCGCUGUACAAAAAUUAUGUACUCAUAACCACAUGCAGCUAGAGGGAAAAGAGUGAAAAGUUUGUAAGUCUAUUUGUUUGUUAUUUCUUUAGCUAUAACUUUAGCUUUCUUGCUUAUUUUGCUUAUUAUCAUUUCUUAGCGAAUCGUUUAUGAACAAGUUGAUAAUUAAACCUACGAAACGAAUGCGAACCGUGAUCAUAACUGACCCGUCUACUGCACAAAUCUUGCUUUGAA